UACAAACCUCCGGAAAACAAAGCCCAAAAAGGAAUCGAACAAAAGUAUUUCACUGAAUCCCCAGUUUACGAAAAGCUUCCGAGAUUCAUAGAUUUGGGAGGCUUUGGCCUUAGAAUCUCGGCGUAACUACUUUUUCUGGGUCUCAAUAUAGAAACAUGUCAGACCUAGACAGGCAAAUAGAGCAACUAAAGAAGUGUGAACCCUUGAAAGAAUCUGAAGUGAAAGCCCUCUGUCUUAAAGCCAUGGAAAUCCUUGUUGAAGAAAGUAAUGUUCAAAGGGUUGAUGCCCCUGUUACUAUAUGUGGUGAUAUUCAUGGCCAGUUUUAUGAUAUGAAAGAGCUUUUUAAAGUAGGAGGUGAUUGCCCUAAGACAAAUUAUUUGUUUCUUGGAGAUUUUGUUGACAGAGGGUUUAACUCUGUGGAGACCUUUCUACUUCUAUUGGCCUUGAAGGUGAGAUAUCCAGAUCGCAUAACACUCAUUAGAGGGAACCAUGAAAGUCGUCAGAUUACACAGGUAUAUGGAUUCUAUGAUGAGUGCCUGCGUAAAUAUGGUUCUGUGAAUGUUUGGAGAUAUUGCACUGAAAUAUUUGAUUACUUAAGUCUUUCAGCCCUUGUUGAGAACAAAAUUUUUAGCGUCCAUGGUGGUCUCUCUCCUGCAAUAUCAAAUUUGGAUCAGAUUCGAACAAUUGAUCGAAAGCAAGAAGUACCUCAUGACGGUGCCAUGUGUGACCUUUUGUGGUCAGACCCUGAGGAUAUUGUUGAUGGUUGGGGUUUGAGUCCUCGUGGUGCUGGUUUCCUGUUUGGUGGCAGUGUUGUCACUUCGUUCAACCACACGAACAACAUUGAUUAUAUAUGCCGUGCACAUCAGUUGGUUAUGGAAGGAUACAAAUGGAUGUUUAAUGACCAGAUAGUUACAGUCUGGUCAGCUCCCAAUUACUGUUACAGAUGUGGUAAUGUUGCUGCAAUUCUUUAGCUGGAUGAGAAUCUUAACAAGCAAUUUCGUGUGUUUGAUGCAGCACCUCAGGAAUCAAGAGGUACUCCUGCCAAAAAGCCUGCACCAGAUUACUUUCUAUAAAGUGGAUACAAAGUUUGACCUUUUCUAGUACAUUACACUUAAAUUGAUCAAUGAGAAGAUUUACAGUCACUUGGCACACAUGUUCUCCUGUGAUAGCAGAAAAAUCAAUGGUAGGCUGCUUGAUGAUUAGCAAGAUUGUACUUUCGGUUUGUGAUGAGAUUGCAUUGUUAGACUUGCCUUUGUUGUCUGUCUGCUCCUAUUUUGAUCAAUGUGUGCUUGCCAUAGUAGUGUGUGUUAAGCAGCAUGUUACGCACGAGUGAAUCCUUGGUAUAUUUCCUUGUAAUUUUACGGCAGAGGUGAAGAGAGAGUAGAGACAAUGAUUCUUAACAAGAAUUCGAAUAGGAACAGCGGAGAGUGAGCUUUUGCAACUAUGAUUCUUAUAUAAGAAUUUCUCAAAUUGGUUUUGUACACCACUCUUGUGCCAUAGAAGUUUAUUUGUCAAAUACCACCAUGUUUCCUUGUUUCAUCUGAACAGGACCCUGGAUGAAUCUGCAUCUUCUUGUUUGGAGUUUUAUUGUCCAUUUUUGGUAGUUGAAGUUGUCUGAACUUGAACUUGAUCAUUAAAAUUAAGAGUACAAUAUUUUACCAACAUACGGUGAUGGUCUGUUGGCAGAGUUUUAUUGUCUUUCUUGGUUUUAUUUCCAUUUUUCUUCGUCACAAUAUGCCAGUGAUCAGCAUUGUCAUCUACAGAACUGGCUGAGCUGAGCAGAUUGAAACACCUUUUUUUUUUUUUUCUUCCUUUUUCAACUUCAGUUGGUUAUGAUCAUCUUUUAAACUUCAUGAUGUCCAUUUUUCAGAUUAUUAAAUGAUUUUUACUUGCCUUAACACCUAACUAUUCAU